GAAUCCUUCAUUUCGCAUUUUGUAGUUUGCACUGUCAGUUUGUAUUUGUAGUUUUUGUAAUUAUGUUUAUGAAAUAAGAUUUACUCUACGCUUAUAAUAAUUACUAGAGUACCAUUUGUCGGUACACAUCAUCUUCAUCCAGUGAAAACAAAAUUUACAAUGGCAGGUGAAUUUAAAAUGCCCGAGUUGCUGCCAACCAGCAAACCAAAGAAAUCACUCGAAGAACAACCAAGUUUGGUAACAUCAUCAUCGGAAGAAGAAAAAGUUCCUAGUUCCACUACCGUCGAUUCUUCUGAGGAGCUGUCAUCAAAAACUGAAAUAAUUCAGAGUUCUAUACACCAUAAAUCGGAGAUCCCAAAAAGUAAGGAACAACUCCAACAGGAGAAGCAGGCAAAGUAUGCCGAAAUCAUAUCCUCUCUCAAAUACCACCCACCCGACACUGUGGGUGCAACUUCUGCGGAUCCGCGUUACUCGUUCGAAGUACUAAAGACGGGGACAAUAGUGGAUCGUUUUAAGUUCAGUCGUUUGGACAACAAGGGUUUCUAUGUUGUGGGACGAGUUCCGGCUUGUGAUAUUGUGGCAGAAAAUCCCACCGUGUCCAGAACUCAUGCCAUUCUCCAAUUUAUUACUUGUCCUCCAGAGAAGAAAGGUGGUCCAGGGUCAAAGGUUGGCAAUGGGGAGGCAGGAGUGCCAGACAGGACCGGUCUGUACUUGUUUGACCUCAACUCAACGCAUGGAACGUUCAUUAACAAGAAUCAAAUAUUCCCUUGCAGAUACUAUCGUCUACACGUCGGACACGUAUUAAAGUUCGGAAAUUCCACCAGGCUCUACGUUCUGUUAGGACCUUCUGAAGACGAAGAGGAAGAAAGUGACAAGUCUGUGACAGAGUUGCAAACUGAAAGAUUGGAAAAAGAGCUUGCACGGAAGAAACUGGAAGAACAAGGGUUGCUGAUCAAAGGUUCUGAUGAUGGAACAGAUGACGACGGCUGUGCGUGGGGAAUGGGCGAAGAUGCAGUGGAAGAGUCGGAUAUGAGAGAAAAUCCGUUUGCAAUUAAUUUUGAACAAAGUGAAACCUUUGACAACCCAAAAAAGACGCUGCGAGGCUGGUUUGAAAGGGAGGGCUAUGAUUUAGUGUAUGACUGCAGAGAAAAAGCACCUGGACAAUUUAUAUGUCGAAUCAAUUUACCAGUCGAUGGGCCUGCAGGUCAGCCAGUGUUUGCGGAAGUAGAUAUCAAGGGCAAGAAAAAAGAAGCUGUUCAUCAGUCAGCAUUACAGGCUUGUCAGAUUCUUGAUAAAUACGGCGUGCUUCGUGUUUCCCAUACAGAAAGCAAAACUAAGCGGAAGGGAAAAGAUUGGGAGGAUAAGGAUUAUUAUUCUAGUGACGAAGAUACGUUCUUAGAUAGGACGGGAUCAGUAGAAAAGAAACGAGAGAAACGAAUGAAGAUUGCAGGAAAAAUUGAAGACACUGUUGAAACUUUCCAAUCAUUGUCCGCAAAAGCAAACGCAAUUCAGUCUGAAAUAGAUUCCCUUCAAUUACAAAUCACGAAGGCUCAAAAUGUCAACACUGGUGAUGAUGACGUUGACAUUGAUGAUUAUGUCAAGUUUUUAAAGACUGGUGCAACCGAUGUGAAAAAGUUAAAGUCAAAGCUACGAGAAGCUAAUGACGAACUCAAAAAAGUCACAAAGUUGCUCAAUAUUGCUAAGCCUGCGAGUCUGCCUGAAAAUCUUAUCGGGGAUAAAAAGUCAGAGGUGAUGAUGGAUGUCCAGCAAGAAAUAACUCCAAAAUCCGGGAAUUCCUCAAGUGAAAAUAAGACAGGAAUAAAAUUCAAUUUGAGUAAACCAUCCAUUUCCACCAUCCCGGUUACUAGAAUGGAACUUGAAAAUUCAGAAUUGGAACCUUUAGACGGAAAUUCCAGAGUUGUUCCAGACUCCAUAAGCAGUUCAAACAUGGGUAAAAAUAAGAAUAAACAGCAAGUAGUCGUCUCUGGUCCUAGACUACCAAUAAAGACAUUGGAUAAGAAUAAGGACGAGCUUAAAAGCUCCCCUUCACAAGUUUCCUCAAAGUCAAAAGAAAGAAUACCACUUGCCAAAGACAUGGAAGAAACUUUUGAUCCCCAAGAUUUAGCAAAACCCACUGUUAAAUCUCCUGAUCAAAAUUCAGAAUCCAGCGAUGACGAAGAUGAUAAUGCAACAGCUUCUUAUCCUAACCUUUCUAAAAAGAAUAAGAAACCUCGAAUACGCCAAAAAGUUAAAAAGGAAAUUAAAUAUGAUUAUGACGAAUCUGACCCCAAAUAUUCUACAUGGGUCCCACCAACCAAUCAAAGAGGGGACGGGAAAACUGCCCUCAAUGAGAAACUAGGCUAUUAAGUGAACUUAUCAUAUUAUUUUUUAAUUGUUUAACGUCUCGAUAAUAUCGUUUAUCGGUUAAAUAUUGUUUCUUAUUGAAUAAAGGAAUAAUCAAGACAUAUUUAUUUACGAA